AUGGAUUUGACUGGCUCCGAUGAGGAGGCCAUGCAGCCAGAUCAUACGUCCCGCAACGGGUUCGUGGUCCUCCCGGAAAGCUAUAUCGCGGAGCACACCGAGCACCUGGCAAUCGAACAAUCGCGAUAUCACCUCGAGAAGCUCUCAUGCUUCGUGGAUAAAGUGACGGAAGCUUGCAACUCCAGAUGGGCUACGAGAUCACAGCCUUACCAAGCUGUCGCAGUCCUGAUGCUGCGAUGGGAGGAAGACGACUUGGACCUGGACGAAGAUAUGUCGCGGCUGGAGAGCAUCUUCCGCGAGAAACGAAGCGGCGGCGCUACCUUUCGACCAUCAUCAAUUGGUGACAUCCUACAAGACAAAGAGGCGGACGUGCUCCUCCUGUUCGACUCCUGCCAGGCAAUCCCAGAAAGAAUCCAGAACAAGAGGAAAGACGUCGUAUCUGCACUGGCAGCCUCCGGAUUCGAACAUGGCCCACCCGCAGCCGAGGCUGUCCCAGCUAGCCAUGAGGCACAAGGCAAGGAGAAAGCUGCGGAGGAGUGUAUCGAGAGUCUAGAUGUCCUGAUCAGUGUCAGGCUUCAGAGCGGCUGCCUCGACGACUUGAAUGUGGAUUCUUGGGCGAGAUGGUUACUGGAGCUUCCGCCCGGAGGGCGAGAAGCUGACAUCCAGGCAAGGGUCAAGAUCGAGGGCGCCUUCAAUAGUCUUUCCACGCUCUUGCUUGUACGAGUCCCCGUCUCGAUCUGGGAUCUAGUAUCAUCCAACCCCUCGAUGUCUUUCGUUCGUGGGGAAAAUGUGGCAUCUGACCUGCACGAGAAGAUCGGGCUGAGCCAGCGAGCAUCAAGCCGUCAACGCUACCACACGGAAAUCCCUAUGUCUGAGGAUACUGAUAAGCCGCCACUGGCACCCUCGGAGCGCAAUCCUACUCCGGGGUGCUCACCGACGUCGACGAGCUUCCCCGUUAUACGCGAAACCCUUUCGACUAGCCAAUCAAGGACGACUAUCCCCAGCAUCCCACAGGCAAGCCAGACAGCUUAUAACCCUACUAGCGACCUGGGCACCCCUAAGGGGAGUUCACAAGAGGAGUUGCCUAUGACCGUCUCCAGCACACCUCCAGCGACCCAAUCAGGAGAUGGGCCUGUGACUGGCGCUAUACCUCCCGGAAGCGUUUUCGAUGACCGUGGCGAGGGUUUGGAGCUACCCUACUCAAUAGCUGCUGCCUCGUCACCUUCUGCACCUCGUGGGGGGAGCCUGAUGAGCGGUCCGCGAAGUCCAAGCACUACUUUCAACGCAGACGCACCAUCACGACUAACGCAGCAGCGCAACUCAUUUGUAAUGGUUCCAGGGUAA